CUCUCACCCGCCCACUAGCUUUUAGCUGUGUCCCUUAGCUUGGAGUGAAUAGACUGUAGGUGACAUAUCAAAGGAGAAGAGACGGAAUGCGGCUGGGCGGCCACCUGCCUUUGUGGUGUAAAGCACAACCCCGACGACUCUUCCGCGGCGUUGCCAGGUGCAUGCGCGGCUGGGGAGCAAAAUGGCCAUGAUAGCGAGGAUUCUUUGUCUCAUUCAAAGUAUACCUUUUACCGUGUUCCUAAGUUUGUCUUUCAACUUCACCAUUGUGGCGUUGUCGCGCUUUCAUUGUGACGGCUGCCAAGACCCGCGACUUCCUCCUCCAAAAGGCGGUCGCGUGUUCACUUCAGGCAUCUCACCACAACUUUGAUUUCAAUUACUUUACUUCUGCCUCCAUCUGUCAUUGCCAUCGUCGCCAUUAUCCGAAGCAAUUACAACAUCCGCUGUCGCCAUGGUGCUCACCACUACGAUGACCCAAGGGUCCAAGACCCAAACCCUAACUCAAACCAACCACACGUCGAAGGGCGACGACGCACCCAAGUAUCGCGUGGAACACUCCGUGUCCGACAAGGCAGGGUGCCAGCACGCAGCGUGCAAGCCGGCGGGCGUCAAGAUUGCGAAGGGCGAGCUGCGCAUUGGCACGCAUCAAUGGUUCGAACAAGAAGAGAAGUACAUCUAUAUGUGGAGGCAUUGGGGAUGCGCCACUUCGAAGCAGAUCGAAGGACUCAAGACGCUCUUUGCCCGCGACCCCGAGAGCGCUCCCGGCUACUCCACCAUCAGCCCCGAGAGCCAGGAGCAGGUGAGGCUCGCGCUUGACGAGGGCAGAGUUGUAGACACGGAGUGGAAGGACAUCCGCCCGGAUUUGGCCAAGUUCGUGGGUGAUGCCGACGGGGAGAUUAGGAACGCUGUCGGGUACAAGGUCGAAGUCACCGGCAGGGGUACCGCCGGCUGCCGCAAUCCCGCAUGCAAGGAGAAGGGCAUCAAGAUCCCAAAGGGUGAGCUGCGCUUGGGCUUUGCCAUACCAUUCAUCGGAGAGCAUAUGAGUUGGCAGUAUAAGCAUUGGAAAUGCAUCUCGAAGUUCGAUAUCAACGCGGUCAAAGAACUCUGCGAACAAGGACUGUUGGAUGGCCUCGAAAACCUUCCGGAGGAGUACAAGGUCGUUGUUCUUCAGUCGCUAGAAACUGGCCAAGCGAUCCAGCCACCGAAGUUGGCGCCAGAUUCCGCACCUAAGCAGCCUAGGGCUCCGAGAAAGAAGAAGGUCGUCGCUCAAGAGGAUGACGAGGAGCAGGGGAGCAAGGAGGCAGCCGAGCCAAAGCGGAAGCCCCGAAAGAAGCGCACCGCUGACAAAUUGGAUGACGCGAACGAAGAACAGGAGGCUACUUCAAAGAAGAAGCGUGCCAGACCCCCCAAGAAGUCUACAAUCCCCGAGGCAGAGUCCACUGCUGUGAGUGAGGCACAAGCUCACCCUGCGCUUUCGAAGCCCAUGGAGGAGAUCAAUCCGAAAUUCGCGAGCAUUCAAGCGCUUACGGAUAAGUUGCGAGCCGACGCAUCAACGUCACCCUCUAAGCCCUCUUGAGGCAGGAACGGAUCAUCAGCCUACUAUGACUUUCGCCUCCUCCACUUCUGUUUUAGAUCCGCUCAUCACGGUUCAGCACAGCAUACCCACUUUUGCUUGCGUUGAGAAUCUGCAUGAGUUAAUCGUUCAUUUCACAUCUGUAUAAGGGUUCUAGGUAUAGUAUGAAUGUCUUUCGCAUUCCAUGUGCUGCGUCAGGUCGAGGAGAGACAUGGCUUAAAGUUUACGUUUUAUCAUAUACAAGAG